UGUCGUGGGGCAGUCGUAGCCCCGGAGAUGGCAGUGAGCGAGAGGAGGGGGCUCGACGGUGGGAGCCCAGCGCAGUGCGGAUGGGGACGCUUGUCGUUGCUGGUGCUGAUGCUGAGCGGCUGCUCAGGUCGCAUCCACCGGCUGGUGCUCACAGUGAGCCUCGGGGAGAAGAGAGCUGACAUCCAACUGAACAGCUUCGGAUUCUACGCCAAUGGGUCUCUAGAAGUGGAACUGAGUCUGCUUCGCCUGGGCCUCCAGGAGACAGAAGAGAAGUCAUCAAAGGUGGGGUUCAGCCUGAGUCGGGUUCGAUCUGGUAGCGUUCACUCCUACUCGAGCCGGAACUUGCACGGAUGUCCUCUGGAGAGAAACAGCAGCAACUUCCUGGUCCUUUUCCUCAUUAAUAUCCAGGACCUGCAGGUCAAAGUCCUAAAAUUUGGAGAGCAGAGGAAGUUGCUCAUUUCCCCUGGUCUCCUCUCUGACGCCCCUGCCCAGUCGAGCCUCCUGAAGUCAGAGCCAGCAGACACCCCUAAGGGGAGCAGUGAGACCUCUGCAGUCAAGGAAGGUCAGGCAAAGCCUGGAGCACCCCAUGUUUCAGGAGAGAAAACUACCCCGGGGGUACAUGGACACUCAACAGAGGGCCAGCCACAGAGGCAUCCGCCCACGCAGGACCCCAGUGGGAAGGAGACGGAGCUGGUGUUGGGGCUGGGCCACCUGAACGACUCCUACAACUUCAGCUUCCACGUGGUGAUUGGCUCCAGGGACGAGGAGGGCCAGUACAGCCUCAUCUUCCACAACUGUCGCAACUCCGUUCCUGGCAAGGAGCAUCCGUUCGACCUCACCGUGAUGAUCCGAGAGAAGAAUCCGGAAGGCUUCCUGUCAGCGGCAGAAAUGCCCCUCUUCAAGCUCUACCUGACGAUGUCUGCCUGCUUCCUGGCUGCUGGCAUCUUCUGGGUGUCCCUGCUCUGCAAGAAUACAUACAGUGUCUUUAAGAUCCACUGGCUCAUGGCAGCCCUGGCGUUCACCAAGAGUGUCUCCCUGCUUUUCCACAGCAUCAACUACUAUUUCAUCAACAGCCAAGGCCACCCCAUCGAAGGCCUCGCCGUCAUGCACUAUAUCACACACCUGUUGAAAGGUGCCCUUCUUUUCAUCACUAUUGCCUUGAUCGGCUCAGGCUGGGCCUUUGUGAAGUAUAUGCUGUCGGACAAGGAGAAGAAGAUUUUUGGAAUUGUGAUCCCCCUGCAGGUCCUGGCUAAUGUUGCAUACAUUGUCAUCGAGUCCCGUGAGGAGGGUGCCAGUGACUACGGACUCUGGAAAGAGAUCUUGUUCCUGGUGGAUCUCAUCUGCUGCGGUGCCAUCCUCUUCCCAGUCGUGUGGUCCAUCCGGCAUCUACAGGACGCAUCCGGCACUGAUGGGAAGGUGGCAGUGAACCUGGCCAAGCUGAAGCUGUUCCGACAUUACUACGUCAUGGUCAUCUGCUAUAUCUACUUCACGCGCAUCAUCGCCAUCCUGCUGCGUGUGGCUGUGCCCUUCCAGUGGCAGUGGCUGUACCAGCUCUUGGUGGAGAGUUCCACGCUGGCCUUCUUCGUGCUCACCGGCUACAAGUUCCAGCCAGCUGGGGACAACCCUUACCUGCAGCUGCCCCAAGAGGAUGAGGAAGAUGUACAGAUGGAGCAAGUGAUGACAGACUCUGGAUUUCGGGAAGGCCUGUCCAAAGUCAACAAGACAGCCAGUGGCCGGGAGCUGUUGUGACUUCCUUUCACCCAGCCGCCACCCUCAGUUCUUCUGCACCCUGCACACCUGCUCUUGUCCUCUGGUGUGCAGGGAGCCCUAGGGGCUCCUGCCAACAGGGACACAAGACACGGGACCCCAAGGAGCCUUCCAGAAAAGAUGCCCCUCCCCCUCCUACACUGCAUCCCUGUCCUCUUCAGCCUUUCAGUACAAUAAGGACCGGUCUUUUUUUUUUUUUUUUUUUUUUUCCCAUUUCUUGAGUUUCCUGAUGCUCAGGGGUUUGAGGGCUAAGAUGAGCUGCAUCUAUGAUCUCAGAUCCUGGAUCCUCAGUCCGGGUGGUGGCACUUGCCUGUCAUCCUCUGGAGCUCCUCAUGAAACUUUGGGCCGAUCAGUAGACAAAUAAAGAUAAAGA